CUGAAUACUCCGGAACACAGGCAACCUAAACGGAAAUAUUAUACUUGUUUAGGGAAAUGAACCAGACACUGGCAGAAUCUCUAGUCCGCUCAAAGAAAACGGACGAAAUUGAUUGGCGAAAGUUAGAAAAAUCAUGAUGCCAGUGGAAAUUAGGUGUUGAUGUGGUUAAUAGCUAUAGCCUGUUUUCAAUUGGUAUCUAAAAACAUUUUGAUCCGACUGUCAGAAAUAUCCCCACCAAACUUGCCAGCCAGCUAGCUAAACAUGUCAGAAGAAUGGGUCAUUUUGUGUGUGAUCAUUACCCUGCUAUUGAGUCUUAUUUUAACUACACUAGCGUACGUCAUGUACUCGGGACUUAUGUCGGAGAUCAACAUCCGGACGGGUUCACCGCCAAUCAAGAAUAUCACAAUUGCCUACAAAUUUAAACAGGGACCAUACAAAGAGUGUGGACAACUUUUUACUGAAAGUUGCAGUAUUGGACCCAAGCUCACGUGUCUUGGGGUGUUUUACGAUGAUCCCGAAAAGGUGUCGAAGCUGAAGUGUCGCUAUGCUGUGGGCAGUAUCCUGAGUGAAGGCCAUGGCAGUCCCAGUGAGGAGCUGCUAAAGCUCUAUCAGAAGUUUGGCUUCCAGAUCUUUUCCUUCCCAGAGGUUACCCAUGUGGUCACCACUUCCAUCCCCCACAGGACCCCCCUCUCUGUGCUGCUGGGGGUGAGGCGGGUCUACCCUCGGCUUCAUCGCUACAUCAAGGAGAGAAAGCUGUGUGCCCACCCAUUCCUAGAAAUCUACAGGCAGGAUGUUAUCCAUUACAUGAGUCCUCUGGCCCGCCAGGGCGACUUCUAUGUCCCGGAGGUGCGCCAAGUGGAGAUGAGGCUGUCGUCCGGGAACAAUUCCGAAGAUGACAGGAGCUCUGACAUCACAGGUGCAGACUCAAACAGUGAAUACAGCUCUGGGAGUGGUGUUCUGUUGUCAGACAGCAGAGAGUCCUCUCUGGCUCUCUCUAGAGAGGCCUCUGUGCCCCGCCAAGACUGGGGCCCAAGGGACCACCUCAGUGACCGCAGUGACUGCAGCUCCACCGCCUCCUCCUUUGAGGCGCUAGACACCGCCGAUGAAGUGGAGAUGGGCCCAGACCAGGACCAUAACACCAAACACCGGGGGGAGACCCCCGCUGAGGAGAGGGGGGUGGGGGCUGAGGAGGAGGAGUGAGGGGCAGGAAGCCUGGGGCCCAGGGGGAGGAGCCAGGGAGAGAAGGCUGAGAUGAGACCUGGACAGCCAUGUUAGUUAUGCAUUAUCAAUGCUUACCAUUGAUAAUAUGAACUUAUGAUUAGACAAGCUGUAAAGGGAAUCACCUGGUUAUGUCCAUAUGAGUAAUGUCCAUGUGCUAACGUAAACAAGCCUACUUGAAAACAACCAGCAGAAAUAAAUCAGGUAACCUGAAUAUCUUGAAAUAAUCUUGAAAUAAUAAAUUAAUAUUUUAUUAAUAAUAAUACGUCUCGAUUGUUUACAUAUUUUACUUGAUGCUAUGUUAGUGUUUUAAUGUUACCUACAUGGUAAAAGUGUCAUGAUUCCUACCAUUGUCCAAGUAUUUUGACCACUAUCCUGUAGUAUAAAUGUGAUUAUUUCAUUUUUUUCACAUUUUUUCUGAUUUGGCUGUAUUGUAUUUAAUCCACACAACAAUCAGUUGUUUAAAUGUUAUUUUUGCCAUACAUCUUUACUACCUGCUAAAACCUCAACAUUGUGAUGUAUUUUUCUGCUGUAGAUAUAAAUAUUGUGACUGGGUAAGUGUAUGAAUGUUGAACAUCAGUAUUAACCACAUAUCUUUUAAGAGCUCCCUUGCAAGCCUAUUUGGAUAAUUGUUUCAUCAGUAAAGAUUAGCCGUAUGUGGUCAUAUUGACUCAAAUUUUAAAAUAUCCAAAUCUUGAAUCUGAGUUAUGUGGAGAACAAAUCUUCUCUAGUAUUUUAUCUUUGUACUCGAAACUAUAGACCUCCAUGAAUACUGACCUGCCUUUGGACAUAUCACUAUAUAUUGUUAUGUGAACUGAAUUAUAUGUGCAUGUUUUCAUGAUUUGUUUUAUAAAAAUGUAUUUUUUAGAACAUUUUAGACUCUUGGGCUAUGUCUGGUUCUUUGUAGAUGGUCAAAAUGGC